GUGACACACACACUUAUGGAUCCUCUGAUGCUCCUGUUUCUUCUCAUUGCUGGGCUCACAGCUCUACAAUACAUAAACACUUCUGGCACACUAUACUAUUGGGAGUGUCGGAAGGAUAGUUACCCUGUACAUACCACAGGAGCUGCAGAACACAGGCGUAGAAGACAUGGCCCUAACCUUUUUCAAACGGAGAUUGUCGGUGCUAACGAAGGUGCUGACAGUGUGUACACAAUGAGACAAGUGUCUGUACAGAUUGGAGAAUCUGUCACCAUUCCGUGUUUCUAUGGCGGCAGAUACAAAACACAUCUGAAAUCCUGGUGCAGAGGGAGAGAAUUGAGGUCAUGUACUCCCAUAGUACACACUGACUCUCCACAGGAGGCUAAAGUGUCAGUCAGAGAUGAUCCUGACCAGCAAGUCGUCACUGUGACCAUCAAGAGUCUGACAGCUGGGGACUCUGGUUGGUACUGGUGUCGUGUGGAGAUCAAUGGAGGUUCAGAUACUGGAGAUCAGGUUUACCUGUCAGUCACUGAUGGCUCCCCAGAUCUGUCAGUGGACAAACAGGAGGUGACGGAAGUGGAAGGUGACAGUGUCAGUUUUCAGUGUCACUAUACACACAGUCAAAGUCAGCUGAAGUGGUGUAAGGCUGGAGGCUUCUGUGCAGCAGUGAAUUCUGAGAGUUUGGGUGGGAGGCCUGUCCUGAUCAGGGAUGACAGAGUAAAUAAAGUCUUCAAUGUGACAAUGAAGGGACUGGAGAGGAAGGACACAGGCUGGUACUGGUGUACUGCUGAAAUCUGGCAGAUCCCAGUUUAUGUUACUGUCAGUCAGACAGCUACAACCACAACCAUCACUGAUCAAGGAGAGAGUAAUGAAAAACUGAGGUGGGAGCAGGUUCUGGAUGCUGUACUGAAAGCUGGGACUGGUGUGUUUUAUCUGAUCUGCACCAUCAUCGCCAUUCAGCUGCACUGGAGCUCCUAUAGAAAGAGGGGAUCCAAUCAGAGAAAAGCAGAGGGAGGAGCCAAUACAAACCACGGUUCUUAGGGAAUUCUGAUUAAAUAUACAAACUUAUUAAUCCUACUAAAAUGAUUAGCAUAUACCCGCUGUAUCAAGGCUGUAUCAACAAGGAUAUGCUGUGUGUGUAUGAAAUGCCAUUUAUAUAUCAGGAGUGUUUCAGUCUAUGCUUGUGCAUUAAUCUCUUUGCAUCAGAGGAAGCUGGAAGGGGGAUGUGACCUUUAUGGAGUAGAAUGAGACAGAAG